AUGGCCCACAUCACACACAGCAUGAACGGACACUGCUCUGAGAAAAAGAUACGGAAGCCGCAUGUGGAAAAGAGGAGGAGGGCGCGCAUCAAUGACAGUUUACAAGUGCUCCGACUGCUCACGGACGCAGAUGUGAGGAUAGAAAAUGCUGAUGUUCUUGAGAAUACUGUGAGGCGUGUGGAGAGCGUCCUACAGAACAGGGCACACGAAGUGGAAGUAAUGAACCAAGAGGCCUGUGAGCGGUUUGCAGCCGGGUACAUUCAGUGCAUGCACGAUGUGCACUCAUUUGUCUCAAGUUGUCCAGAGAUAGAGCCUCCAGUGGUCACUGAGCUCCUCAACCACCUCCUGGACAGCAUGCCUUUGAACGAGGAGCAGCUCAGGCUCCAGGUGCCAGACAGCCUGGAUGAGUUCCAGUGUUCAGGUCUGGUCUCCCCUCGUCCCUCCAUGAGCUCAGAUGAGCCAGAGUCAGACCUUGAUGAGACCGAGUCAGAGCACGCCCACGUCUCUUCAGAUGGCUCCGAUGUGUUGUGUUUACCUUCCUUUCACUCCAAGUUUAUGUGGAGGCCAUGGUAG